AUGGCAGACGAUAGGAAAGAUGAAGCUAAGGCACCGCACUGGACCUCAGGUCAGAUAGCAGAAGCUUCUUCACAUCCACAUGCCGCAGAGAUGAAGGAGCAAAGCGGCACAGGGGAAGGACUGGUCAGAAGUGCUAAUGGGUUUCCAUAUAAAGAGGAUGAAGCUGGAGAAUAUGGUGCACAUGGACCACAGAGCUCAUAUUCCAGAACCAAAGAGAAUGGAAUCAAUGGAGAACUAACUACAGGAGAGAAAGACACUGCAGAAGAAGUAUCUGCAAGGAUAGUCCAAGUAGUAACUGCUGAAGCUGUGGCAGUUCUGAAAGGUGAACAGGAAAAAGAAGCCCAGCUCAAAGAUCAGCCAGCGCAAUUACCUUUAGCAGUUGAAGAGACAGCUAACCUGCCUCCUUCUCCACCCCCAUCACCUGCGUCAGAGCAGACUGGAACCCUGGAAGAAGCUGCUGGUGGUGAAAUAAACCAGACGCCUGGGGUGUUUAAGCAAGCAAAGGAAAAACUUUCAACUUCUUCUUUGUCAAAGAUUCCUGCCUCAAAGGUUAGAGCAAAGUCAUUGCUUCCUCCAAGACCCAGCUCUGCUUGCUCACUAAUCACCACUAAAAAAGUUGCUUUGCGCAAUAAAGACAAUUAUAUUGCGUGGCCCUCUUCAGCGGGCCCAAGGGACUAUUCAAAAACAGCUCAGGAUGGAAUAACCAAGAGUCCCGAAAAGCGUUCCUCUUUACCAAGACCUUCUUCCAUUUUACCCGCCCGAAGAGGUAUCUCAGCAGACAGAGAACGAGAUGAGAAUUCUUUCUCCCUGAACAGCACCAUCUCCUCCAUAAGACGAACUACAAGAUCAGAGCCUAUUCGAAGCCGAACAGGAAAAAGUGGUACAUCAACCCCGACUACUCCAGGAUCAACUGCCAUCACUCCUGGAACCCCACCUAGCUAUUCCUCUCGUACCCCAGGAACACCUGGGACCCCUAGUUAUUCCAGAACCCCACACACACCAGGUACUCCCACUUCUGCUAUUCUGGUACCCACUGAGAAAAAAGUUGCUGUCAUACGCACACCUCCGAAAUCUCCAGCAACCCCUAAGCAACUUCGUGUGAUUAAUCAACCUCUACCAGAUCUCAAGAACGUCAGGUCCAAAGUUGGGUCAACAGACAACAUCAAGUAUCAGCCUAAGGGGGGACAGGUUAGGAUUUUAAACAAGAAGAUUGAUUUUAGCGAUGUACAAUCCAGAUGUGGUUCAAGAGAUAACAUCAAACAUUCAGCAGGGGGAGGAAAUGUGCAAAUUGUAACCAAGAAGAUAGACUUGAGUCAUGUGACUUCUAAAUGUGGCUCCCUGAAGAAUAUCCGUCAUAGGCCAGGUGGGGGUCGAGUGAAAAUUGAAAGCGUGAAACUGGAUUUUAAAGAAAAGGCCCAUGCCAAGGUUGGCUCACUUGAAAAUGCCCACCAUGUGCCUGGAGGAGGUAAUGUCAAGAUUGACAGCCAGAAACUCAAUUUCCGAGAGCACGCGAAGGCCCGCGUGGACCAUGGCGCUGAAAUCAUCACCCAGUCUCCUGGCCGAUCAAGUGUGGCCUCCCCUCGGAGGCUCAGCAAUGUCUCCUCCUCCGGCAGCAUCAACCUGCUUGAAUCUCCUCAACUUGCCACCCUGGCUGAAGAUGUCACUGCAGCCCUCGCUAAACAGGGCUUAUGAAUUUGCUUUAUUAGCAGUGUUUGAAGUCAUAAUAUUUAGGCAUGAGUUCUUGCCAGGAAUGGGCUCUGAGCAGGUGUUAACAUUCAUUCUUUACUAUGUCUAAAAUUAAGUCACAUCCCAAGACUGUAGUAACCAUAAAAUAAAAACUGGGGGAAAGAUCCAUAUAGAUGCAGAAAUUGGCCUGAUUUCCAAUUACAGCAGGAAGAUCUUGGCUUUUCUAUGGGUACAAUUGCAGUAUAUUACAUUGGACAAUUAUUGUUGCUCUGCUCUGUCUUGCAUGGAGUAUGUACUAUGAUAACAAUGCAUUUUGACCUUCCAUGUGCCUGAAGGCCAUCCACUCCUUUUUUGAAGAGCCUUGUUCAAUCCCUUGAGUUGCUCAUUUGACCAUUUUGUUGAUGGAUAGAAUUAAGGAGCAUCUCCCCCUGUAAUUUAUCAACAGGUUAAUUUAAGCAGGAGAGUCUGAGGACCAUGUAGAAGGGCAAAUCAUGAUGUCAACGCUUCAGAAAGGGUGGGGUUAUUUUAUAUAAAUGGGUAGAAGAAAGAGGCAAUUAAGUUAUUAACAUUGUGGAAGUUGGAUAAUUAUGUCAGUGUAUAGCUGAUUACAAUAAAUUAUUUAACUAAUAAUUAAAUAAGUAGUGGGGGGGAAUCAUAUGAGCUGUACUGGGGAAGCAGCAUUUUUCUUUUUUAAGAGCAGUUACUGAAAUU